UUUCGAAAUUAAAGUUAUGUGUUAUCAGUCAAAACGAAAAACUUUCGGUGUCUUCUCCUUUUAUUCAGCUAUUCAAAAAAGAGCAAAAUGGACAAGAGUUCCAGAUCGUAUCAAACCGCAAACUGACCCAAUAACCUGGUUCAAGGCUGUUUUCUAUUUGGUUCUCACUUUGCUUAUUAUGCUAAUGAGCAGCGGUGUAUCGCCGGCUUUCUUUGCUUCCCUAACAAGCAAGUUUCCCUUAAAAGGUUUUCUUUUGAAAGAAUUUUUGAAGCAAGCAAAGUUGGUCAGGUUGAAUGAAGGAUUUCUACUCGUUUCAGUUAUUCUUACCAUCGCUUCUCCUAUCUACUGGAACACAUUUUGUCGUUAUGAAUAUUACACCAAGAAAUUAUCGAAAAUGGCAGGCUCUCCUUCUACUGCACUGAUUCUCUUUGCUAUUUCCAUACUUUUAUUGAGCUCCUUCAGAGAGUGGGCGUUCUUUCGAGCCAUUGAUGUACAACCCAUGAUUCAGUUACGAGCAGUCUGGAUGAAAUACAUUGUCUACUUGUUUGGUUACUCUUUGAUAUUUCUUGGAACUAUUUUGUCUAUGUCGGGUUUCUAUCAAUUAGGUAUUUUUGGAACUUACAUGGGCGAAUACUUUGGUUUUAUGUUUGAUCAAAAGAUUGAAACUUUCCCUUUCAAUUAUUUUUGUGAUCCAAUGUAUUUUGGUUCAACUCUGAUGCACUUUGGUCAUUCACUGUUGUCAACAAGUCCAACAGGAAUAUUUCUUUCCACGCUUCUUGGUUUUACUUAUUGGUUGGCUGCUAGAUGUUUUGAAGGGUAAUUUCUCUAUUUUCUUCUCUAGUGGGAAUUGAUUGUAUAAUUUAGGCCUUUUAUGAACGCGAUGUAUGCAGCAAGAGAUCGCCAAUUGUCUUAAAAUUACAUUUUAUGAACCCAUUUCGUGUAGCAUGUGAUUUUCUUUAAAGAUGCUUCUUAUCUUGCCUUUCAAUAGAAAGACAGGAAUGAUAACUUGCAAGUUUCUAUCUAUGUUGUCCAUGAUAAAGAAUAUCCCAAAUAAUAAGGCUUUUCAUACAAGUUUUUCGUGAGGUCCACUGCUAAACAAGGAUAGUAUGGCGUUCACCUUUAAGUCUCACUAUUCUGUGAAACAAAACAAGUGGAUGGUGAGGAGCAACAUCAUUUGUAACGUGGAUAAUUCGCGAGUUGCUAUGAGUACAAGCAACCCUCCUGCGAACCACGUAUUGUCUAAUAUAGCACCGGCGGUAAAGUAGGAGGCCAUCUUAAACACGUCCUCGUACCCGUAAAGGGUGCAUAACGUUGAGGGAUUUCUUCUUCUCCAAUAGAUAACAAAAUAUAGACUUUAUUCCCAUCUUUGACCAUGACUCACGACGAAGACUACACAAACUGCCGAUCGAAUGAAUCGUCGCAUAACAACCCAACACAAUAGCAAUACAGAGUUGAUGCGAAUUUUUGGUGUUGAUAGUUGACCCAAUAUUAUGACUUUAUA